AUGAAGGAAACUUCACCUGACGAACCGUAUAUAGAUCGCCUUCGUUCUUGGGCACAAUCCAAAGUUCAUGGCGGCAACCGUAGCACGGCGAGACGACCGACUUCCAACUCCAACACCCCCGACCCAGGCUUGCUUCCCAUAACUAACAAACCUACAAACCGUACCACCUCGACUCUCGACACCUCCGAGAGCAGUCAUAAUGGCAAGGGCAAUGGCAAUGGCAGUGGCAAUGCCGUCUUCAAGUCUUCCAGCAGUCAUGUCGGCCUCGGCAUCGAUGCCAACGAUGGCGCAAGUGGCAGCAACUCCUUCCCAGACAAGGGUCCGCAUAACGGUCCUGGAGGAGGCCUGCCUGCCAAUACAUCUCCGCAAGCUUCACGGAAGGGGUCUCAGUUAGAUUCCGGGCCCCCUUCCCAGAACGAAAAGUCAGAAAACGGGACAGACAAGGACAAGAAUAGGGACAAACCCAACGUGUUCAAGCGUUUUGUCCUGGUCUUCAGGAAGAUUCUCUUCCACAGCUGGAUCAAUGUCCUGCUGGUCUUCGUCCCUGUCGGCAUCGCCGUCAACUUCGUCCCUGGCAUAAGCCCCGGUGUGAACUUUGCCAUGAAUGCAAUCGCCAUCAUCCCGCUCGCCGGCCUCCUCAGCCAUGCGACCGAGACAGUGGCACACCGUUUCGGCGACGCCAUCGGUGCCCUGAUGAAUAUCACCUUUGGCAAUGCUGUGGAACUUAUUAUCUUCAUUGCUCUUGUUAAGAAUGAAAUCCGUAUUGUCCAAGCAUCCCUUUUGGGGUCCAUCCUGGCGAACCUGCUUCUCAUUCUUGGCAUGUGCUUCGUCUUGGGAGGUCUACGCUUUCGCGAGCAGAUUUACAACAGCACCGUGACCCAGAUGAGCGCCUGUCUCCUAAGUCUGAGUGUCAUCAGUCUCGUUUUGCCGACGGCCUUCCAUGCUUCGUUCAAUGACAACAACAAAGCAGACGAGCAGUCUCUCAUUAUCAGCCGCGGAACCAGCGUGGUGCUACUCCUGGUGUACAUUAUAUACUUGGUCUUCCAGUUGAAGUCUCAUGCCUACAUGUACGAGUCGACACCCCAGGAUGUCAUCGAUGCGGAAUCCACUCCCGGCCCCGCAGUUGCGUGGUUUGACUCCUCCAGCUCCGACGACAGCUCCUCCUCCUCGUCCGACUCGGACUCAUCCGGGCGUUCGAGAGACACCGUCUCAAAGCGAGUGAAGCGCAUGGUACGUCAUGGGCGUCGCCGCAAGUCCAGUGUUGCCUCGAUGGAUACGGUGGAGACUGCACAGACCGGCCCACUUCGCAGCACACCGUCUCUCGGAACGACGGUUAGCCCCACUAACGAGGAUGGACCAACUGGAGAGCAUCCAUCACGACCGGGCUUUCCUGGCAGAACAAUCUCAUUCGAGGGCGACGAGUCGGCCAUUGAAGAUGAAAGAUCUCACCGUCGGCACCGGAGGAAGCACCACAAACGCUCGAAGCGCGAUCGCAAAUACUACAAGAAGUCUCGCUCUCACACUCAUGGCUCAAACAGCCCGGCUGAAGAGACAAUCGACGAAAGCCCAGAGAAUGUGGAGAGAAUUACUGCGACUCCGGGAGAGCCCCGGCGCGUGGACUUUGCCGUCGACUCCAGCCCUGGAAAUGCUGCGGGUACGGCUGGAGAGUCUACCUUGGCUAGGAGACCGUUUGAUGCUCUGCUGUCCCUGAAGCCUACGGCUAGGAGCCUAGCUCCAACCGUCUUUACCCAGCAGACGAACUUGGCUGGGACACCUGCGGCGCCGACCGGCCCGAUCCCUCGUGUGCGGUAUGGGAUCCGCAGGACAAACUCGCUGCCGGGUCGCCUCAACACGGAGAUCCGCCCGCCUGGAGCAAUGCUGCCCUCUCAGAUUCCAGCCAGGGCCUUACCAACGGUCGUUGCGGCCGGAGAGGCUGCCGAGGACCCAUUUGCAGACGACCUGUCACGAACGAGUGCGGUCAUAUUGCUACUUGCCUCAACGGGUUUGGUCGCUGUGUGCGCCGAGUUCAUGGUUGACUCCAUCAACGGACUCGUUGAGACCAGCACGAUCAGCGAAGCCUUCAUCGGUCUGAUUGUCCUGCCAAUCGUGGGCAACGCAGCCGAGCACGUCACGGCCAUCACGGUGGCCAUGAAGAACAAGAUGGAUCUGGCCAUUGGUGUUGCAGUGGGAAGCUCCAUCCAGAUCGCACUAUUCAUCACGCCGCUAGUGGUCAUCCUGGGAUGGAUUAUGCAGAAGGAGAUGACUCUCUAUUUCACGCUCUUCGAGACGGUGUGCCUGUUCGUGUCGGCCUUCAUCGCCAACUUCCUGGUCCUUGACGGCCGCAGCAACUAUCUGGAAGGCGCAUUGCUGUGUACUACGUACGUGAUCAUUGCUCUGGCGGCGUUCUUUUAUCCAAACGCCAAAGACGCCAGCGUUUGGGGUUAG